AUGAAGCUGAUGCGCUGGAUAAGAAGCGGCAGUAGCAGCAGAACAGGAACCGGUGGCAGUACAGCCGGCGGCAGCAGCAGAGGAACUGGCAGCAGCGGCGGCAGCGGCAGUAGCAGAAGAACUGGCGGAAGCGGCAUCAGCGGAGGAACAGGCGGCAGCGGCAGCAGCGGAGGAACAGGCAGCAGCGGCAGCAGUGGAGGAGCCUGCGGCAGCGGUGCCCUCAACAGCAGCGGCAGUGGCGGAAGCGGCACCAGCAGUAAUGGCGACAACAGAAGCAGCAGUAGCAGCGGCAGCAGCGCAGGAGCCAGUGGUAGCGGCAGCAGCAUAAGCGGCACCGACGCCAGCGGCAGCAGCGGCAGCAGUGGGAGUGGUGGAAGCAGCAGCAGUGGAGCCAAACAGCAGCAACAGUAG